AUCAGCGUCACUGGCGGCUCACUGGUAAUCGUCUGCUUAAGGUACUAUGUCCGAACAUGCCUUUUGAAGUCUUUAGGGCCUGACGAUUGGUCUGUCUUGGUUGCAUGGAUUGCAUCUUGCGGGUAUUCGAUCUCUAUCAUCUUUGAGACAAAAUGGGGUCUCGGAGUCACCUCCAUUGAUAACAUGCCACCUGAAAAUGUCUACAACUAUGGUCUUUUUCAAUAUAUUGGCGCUCCAUUUUAUGUUAUUGGCCUCUAUGGUUUUAAGCUCAGCCUGCUUCUGUCAUACCUCCGCGUUGUGGGCUACGCAUCCAGCUCAUAUCGAAAGGUCACGAUAGGCGUCAUCAUGGUCAUCACUGCGGCGCACGUUGCAUUCACUCUCGUGUUUCUAUUCGAGUGUCAACCGAUUUCCUUGCAGUGGGAUCCUAGCAUAUCUGGAAAAUGUGUUGAUGCGGUUGCAUUUUACACAAGCUUCUCAGCCUUGACGAUCUUCUUCGACGUGGUUAUAAUGUUGCUGCCCUUCCCGAUUCUUAUCAGAAGCAAGAUCCAGAACCGGAAGAAGCUCAUACUGCUUGGUCUAUUCGCACUUGGCAUCCUCAUCACUAUCGUCCAAGCCCUUCGUUUCCAAACGAUUCAGAAUCUGCAAAAUUACCUCGACUCGUCUAAGAUCAUCAUGUGGUCUACAAUUGAAUGCAACCUGGGCAUAAUCGUCACCUGCAUACCAACUCUUGCGCCGAUGGUCCAGUAUUUUUCGGAACGGUCCAAGUUCGGUAGUAGCUCGAAUGAAAACCGCGAACCGUUAUCCCAAUAUGCGUUAGGAACAUGGCGAACCCAGGGCAGUGGGUUACAAAGAACCACAGAUAUCGGAGUGGGUGCAGGAAAUGGAAGCACUGAGCUUAUUCUUGACUCAAAUGGUAUUACGAAGAGAACAGAAGUGAUAAUCGAUUCUGCGCAGAGGAAUUCAGGGUAUCGUAUUUGA